AUCAGGCUUAUUCCUGAUCUUGGCUUGACCAGUAGAUCGUUUGUAUUUGAAGUAAUCGAACGUACCUUACAUCCAGGAAACAUUAUACGAUUAGGCAGAUAUAGCGAAAAAACACCGGCAUCUGAAAAGGUGUCCUUUAAGAGUAAAGUAGUCAGUCGAUGUCACGCCGAACUGUGGGUAGAAGAUGGAAAGGUCUUUAUUAGAGAUGCAGGGUCAUCUAGUGGCACAUUUUUGAAUCGUAUACGUCUCAGCUCUCCUUCUACUUCAACAGCUGGUGCUCACGAAAUGAAAGACGGUGAUAUAAUACAACUAGGCGUCGAUUACAAGGGCGGCACUGAGUCGAUGUACCGAGCAGUGAAAAUGCGUUUGGAAGUCAACCGAGAAUGGCAAUCUCGCGCCAAUCAAUUCAGCCGAACGGCAUUCCAGCACCUACAACAACGGCUAAUAGCCCCAGGAACAGCGACCACCAUGUUAGAGUGCUGUAUUUGCAUGUAUGCAAUAGCGCCAUUCCAAGCCCUAUUUAUUACCCCAUGCUCUCACGUAUACCACUAUCGAUGUAUUAGACCUAUACUGAAUCAGAAUCCACCAGGGUUCUCAUGUCCGCUCUGCCGUACUUAUUCUGACCUGGAUGCCAAUGUG